AUGCCUCAUGGCUCAACAAAACGGCAGCACACAGCAACCCAGACCCUUACCCCUCUACCCACACUCCUCUCACUCCUUGCCAUGGCUCAGUGGCGGCACACAGUGGCGAUCAACACAGCAGCGACACCAAUGGCGUUCAACACAGCGGGCUCACCAAGCUCAGCCCAG